AUUGUGAGCCUAAUGGACCAGGAGGACCAUUUGGACCUGGUGGUCCAUUCGGACCGGGUGGACCUGGAGGUCCUGGUGGACCAGGAGGACCUGGUGGUCCAGGAGGACCAAUGCUUACUACAGUUAUGACAACACCACAGUUGGCAGAACCUGGUGAACCUGGAGGACCUGGGGGACCAAGAGGACCAGGAGGACCAGGUGGCCCAGAUGGACCCGGCGGGCCAGGUGGACCUGGAGGACCCAAUGGUCCAGGGGGACCUGGUGGACCAACAUUAUCACCAAAUGAUGUUGGUGGACCAGGACAACCACUUGGACCUGGUGGACCAGGUGGUCCAGGAGGACCAGGUGGGCCAGGGGGUCCCGGUGGUCCAGGGGGGCCUGAUGGACCAACAUUGGCAACUGAUGAAACAACACCUCCUGGUGUAGGGGAACCUGGUGGACCUGGAGGACCUAAUGGUCCAGGAGGACCCGGUGGACCAGGUGGACCCGGAGGACCAGAUGGACCUGGAGGACCCAAUGGACCUGGAGGACCCAAUGGACCUGGUGGGCCUAAUGGGCCUGGGGGACCAAAUGGGCCUGGGGGACCUGGAGGACCCACACCUACCCCAGAAGAAGAAGAUGAAAUACCAGAAGAUGUUUUAGAACCAUUAGGACCAGGUGGUCCUGGUGGACCAGGGG